AUGUAUGGGUAUACAAACAGUAUACAAAAAUACAAAAUGGUAUUAUGGUAUGUGAUAUGUAUUGUAACUUACGGACAGCGGAAAUUACUUGUUAUUUGCUGAUGAUGUUAAAUGCCAUUUGAUGUCAUUAUAACAUCAACGUUACUAUCACUCAAUGUACAAAAAGAUUGGCAAAGUAUGAAAAACAUGUAUUAAACCGAUUAAGCACAAAGGAAUAAAACAAUGAGGAAUGAGGUUAAGAAAAGGUGAGGUUAUGGCGCAAUAUACGAAUUAAGUUAGUUGGUGGAGAAUGUCGUUGAGGAAAGAAAUAAAGCAACGUUCGUCCGAUCGUGAGAGUAGACGUGAGGAUGAAAAGUAUUAUAGGAAAAAGCAUCGCGAAAUUGAGAACCGCACGAGAACUUCAAGAAGCGAAGCGCGGAGCGAUCGACAAGUGAACAAGUUUUUCACUCGCGCGACAAAUUCUCAGUUGCAAAAUUUAUCCUCGAAAUGUCAUCCCGAAGACAGCAACGUGACGGAUGAGUUGUGUUUUAGUAAAUAUAAGCACGAAUUGAAUAAGAUUUUCACGAUUAAUUCAAAUCUCGUUCGUGACGUUAUGGACUUUUGGAAAUUUGUCGAGAAAUAUGAGUCUGUCAAGAAGCAAUUUGGCGAUAAUUAUGAAUAUAUGAUUAAUCCUGUUCUAAAUCCCAUUGGGUUGCCAGAUAAAUAUCACAAGUCUCAUUGUCUAAACUUGAAACUUGGUUUGUCUUAUGGAGAAUUGUUUGCUAGAGUCAGAGGUUUGCCAGAGGCAAAACCAUUGACCGAAUCACAAUUGCUCAAGUUCAGGGAUGUUUUACUCUUGUAUUUGGAUUUUAAGCAAAAGGAGAAAUUUAGUAAAUUAAAAAAGCUUCGAGAUAUGCAAGCUAACUUGCCAGUUGCACGAUUCAAAGAUGAAAUUGUCAAGACGGUAAAGACGGAGAGAGUAAUUAUUGUGGCAGGAGACACUGGUUGUGGAAAAUCUACUCAGAUCCCUCGAUACUUGUAUGAAGCUGGUUUCCGGAAGAUUGCAUGUACGCAACCUCGAAGAAUAGCAUGCAUCUCGUUAGCGAAACGAGUCUCUUUUGAAACAUUGAGUGAGAAUCUUAGUAGAGUUGGAUAUCAGAUACGUUUUGAGAAACAAAGGAAUCAAGAGACAAACAUUACAUUCAUAACAGAAGGUUUAUUAUUGCGCCAGCUGUCGGGUGAAACAACUUUAUCUGCGUAUGAUGUGAUAGUCUUGGAUGAAGUACAUGAACGUCACUUACAUGGAGAUUUUUUAAUGGGCAUUAUGAAAUGCAUCAUUUACCAACAGCCUGAUUUAAAAUUAGUACUAAUGUCCGCCACUAUUAAUAUAGAACUUUUUAGUAAUUAUUUUGCAAAGGAAAAUGUUAAAAUAAUAGAAGUUCCUGGAAGAUUAUAUCCCAUUCAAUUGUUUUAUCGUCCUAUAACUGUAGAAGAUCUCAGAUACAAAAAUGAUCGAUUUAAUCCCAGUCCAUACGUACAAAUAAUGCAAAUGAUUGAUCAAAAAUAUCCAGUCGAUGAGAAGGGCGAUUUAUUAAUAUUCUUGAGUGGAAUAAAUGAAAUUACUGCAGUUGUAGAUGCUGCCAAGGAAUAUAGUAUUAAAAAAAACAACUGGAUAAUUUUACCACUUCACAGUACUUUGUCUAUCGUUGAACAAGACAAGGUAUUUGACUAUGCACCUGAUGGUGUUAGAAAAUGUAUUGUCGCAACUAACAUUGCAGAAACUUCUAUUACCAUUGACGGAAUUAGAUUUGUCGCCGAUAGUGGAAAAGUAAAGGAAAUGAGUUAUGACCCAUCAUGUAAAAUGCAAAGAUUAAAAGAAUUUUGGAUAAGUAAGGCAAGUGCAGAACAAAGAAAAGGAAGAGCUGGCAGGACUGGACCUGGAGUUUGUUAUAGAAUUUAUUCAGAGGAAGAGUACAAGAUGUUGGAAAAAUAUUCAACACCGGAAUUACAACGUGUACCCUUAGAUUCUUCAUUACUACAAAUGAUAGCAAUGGGUCUUCCCGAUGCACGAAAGUUUCCAUUUAUAGAGCCACCACCAGCAAAUAGUAUAGAAAACGCUAUACUAUCCCUAAAAGAUCAUGAUGCACUUACGGACAACGAAAAGAUUACAUGUAUCGGUAAAACCUUGGCACGGUUGCCCGUUGAUAUUACAAUAGGGAAGAUGUUAAUAAUGGGAUCUAUUUUUCAUCAAGUGGAACCCGUUUUAUCAUUAGCUGCUGCUCUAAGUAUACAAACACCGUUUACUAAUAGGACUUACAGGGAUACUGAAUGUGAGACAUCUAGAAAGAAGUUGGAAUCUGAUCAUGGCGAUCCCAUAACGUUACUGAAUGCAUUUAAAGAAUGGCUGGAGGUAAAACAAGAAAACUCUCAAGAAUAUAGAAGCAGUAGUAAUAGCAGCAGAAAAUGGUGCAAAAGAAGAGGUUUGGAGGAGCAACGGUUCUACGAAAUGACGAAAUUAAGGACUCAAUUUAAAGACUUACUACAAGACUGCAAUUUACUUAAAAGUCUCCCAGAACCCAAUUCUUCUAUGACGAGUGCGGAACGUGCCAUAAGACAUGGAGAACUGAAACUUUUGAAAUCUCUCAAAAGAACUUACAAACAAAAUGAACCUAAAAGGCGUAAACAAUUAAAAGUAGAAACAUUCGAUAUACAGUUAGAGGAUGAUGACGAAAAUAAUGGAGAGCUUGACAUAAAAGAUAUAGAAUUUCGAAUGAGAAAUGACUCGAGCCAAGUGCAUAAUCUUUUGACAGCGUCUACCGCAUGUAGCUAUAAGGAUCUAACCAUGUUAAAAUUAAUAUUAUGUAGUGGUUUAUACCCACAAUUUGCUUGUGCCGACGAAUUUAAUUAUUGCAAGUCUAUAAAUGAACAAUUGUUUCACACAAAAGCAAAACCGUAUGUUGCUUUGCAUCCAAUGAGCUUUUUUGGAAAUCAUCCACAAAUUUUGCAAAUUGAAGAAUCAGAUAUAAUGUCAAUACCAGGUUUUAAGAGCAAGACUCCUGUUAGUUCUAAACAUCAGUUAUUAGCAUACCUAUCUCUUUUGGAAACUACAAAGCCAUAUCUGGUAAAUACUUUACGAAUGCCUGCCGCCCAAACGUUGCUAUUAUUUGCGCAUGAAAUAGAUACAAAUAGCACAUUCUCUAUAAUAGCAUGUGAUUCGUGGCUGGUGUUAGAAUUUCCUGUACCUGACAGUGGCCAAACUUUAUUGAUGGAAGCUAUCAAGUUAAGGAAUAAAUGGGAUUUCUUAUUAAAUCAGCAAUUACGAGGAUUUGACAGUGCUAACAAUGAAAAAAAAGAUUUUAGUCAAAUUGAGCAAAAUCUUACGCAAGAACUGAUUGAAUAUAUGCAUACUAUGAUACCAUACACUAUAAAACGGUUGUUACCAGCUGAUUUGAAAAUGAUAUAUGUUGGUAACGGCAAUAAUGAUACGAAUAUAGAGCCUAAUCCUUUUCAACCUGACUUUACGAGUAUACCAAAUGUAAUUAAAGGUGGAGUUUAUGUAACAGACAAUAUUACAUAUAAUUGCAUAAAAGAAACUAAUUGGAGUGAACAGUUACUUGCAGAAAUGCAAGAAACCGAGUGGCAUUGUAAAAAUUGUAAUCUUCAAGCAAUUCUGUCGAGUAUCGAAAAAUUACAACAUCAAAACUCUUGUACGAUCCCAGAUACAAUUAGUGUCGCUAAAGAUAGUGAAAAUAUCACACGUAAAGCCAAUAAUCAACCAUACGAAUGUCCUGAUUGUUCGCUAACGUUAUACCUCACGCCUAUUGAAAUAUUGAAACAUAAAAAAUUACAUAUAAACUAAAAUAUUUUCCAAUUCUAUACACGAUUAUAAAUGGAAUAUGAUUGUUUAGAAGGUAAUGUUUUAUAUAUAAUUUAGAAAUAUAUAAGUAUUUUAUUAAGUAACGCUUAUUUACAAAUGCGCGCGCGUGUUGUGUGUUAUUUUAUUUUAUAGAAUACACAAUCAUUCUUAACACGUACAAGAGUUUUAUGUGUUUGAUUAUUUAGAAUUGUUUAGAAAUAUUUUUGUUUAGAAACAAAAGGCAUAUUUCACAUAUGGAAUGUGAUAUAUGUAUAGAAUGUUAUGAUAUCAAGUCCAUGGCAAGAAAUUUGAAAACAUAAGACAUCCUACGAGUGUGUAUCCUAGAAAGUAAAAUAAAACAAAUUUAUCUUGCAA